ACUGCCGCAGGGAACGGAAAUUUUCAGAGAAACACGUUAUUUGAGCAGAUACUGUCCAGCGUCUAAAACCUCGAUUGCCAAAUAUCCCUAAAUUCUAUUGUCUUUAUCAGCAGGUAUACUGAUCUUUAAUCACGCGCAAGCUUAUGAACGCUUCAGUAGAGCUUUGCUGAACAAAAAUUUUACUGCUAGAAAGUGGCAAAAUUUGCUCCAAGUUUAGCCCCAAAGCUACCUCACAUACUUCUUGAAGAGAAGUUCAUAUCAAUCUUAGAGUCAUGUAAGACCCCCAAGCACUUUUAUCAAAUCCAAUCCCAGAUAAUUACCCAUGGCUUUGAAUACAAUGAUUAUAUCGUUCCAAGGGUUCUCUCUGCUUCUGCUUUGCUUAAGCAAAUGGAUUAUGCCCACAAAAUGUUCGAUCAAAUUCCUUAUCCAAAUCUCUCCAGUUGGAAUGCAAUGUUUAAAGGUUAUUCCCGGAACGACUUGCACAGGGAAGUUUUUGUCUUGUAUAGCCAAAUGAAGAGAAUGGAUAUUAUGCCUAACUGCUUCACAUUCCCAAUGGUUCUUAAAUCGUGUAUAAAGAUUAAUGCAUUCAGAGAAGGUGAAGAAUUGCAUUGUGUUGUGAUAAAGAGUGGAUUUAGAGCCAAUUCAUACGUGGGUACUAUGUUGAUUGAUUUGUAUUCUAGCGGAGGAGUGAUAGGGGCGGCUUAUAGAGUGUUUGGUGAGAUGCUAGAGAGAAAUGUGGUUGCUUGGACUUCCAUGAUACGUGGUUUCAUACUUUGUAAUGAUAUGGAAACUGCACGUCGCCUUUUUGAUUUGGCUCCUGAACGUGAUAUUGUGUUAUGGAACACUGUGAUUACGGGUUAUAUUGAGAUAGGGGAUAUGGCAAGAGCAGAGGAGCUUUUCAAUAGGAUGCCAAACAAGGACGUUAUGUCUUGGAACACGAUUUUGGUCGGUUAUGCCAACAGGGGUGAUGUUGAAGCUUGUGAAAAACUGUUUGAAGAUAUGCCGGAAAGGAAUGUCUUUUCAUGGAAUGGGUUUAUCGGAGGUUAUGCACGUGAUGGGCGUUUUUUUGAAGUAUUGAGUUCUUUCAAGAGGAUGUUAGUUGAUGGUAAUGUGGUUCCUAAUGACGCCACACUUGUGACUGUGUUAUCUGCAUGUGCAAGAUUGGGUGCUCUUGAUUUGGGUAAGUGGGUGCAUGUGUAUGCUGAGAGUAAUGGAUAUAAAGGGAAUGUAUAUGUUGAGAAUGCUUUGAUUGACAUGUAUGCAAAAUGUGGGAUUCUAGAAAAUGCAAUUGGUGUGUUUAAAAGCAUGGAUAUGAAAGAUUUGAUUAGCUGGAACACCAUGAUUGGUGGCCUAGCGGUGCAUGGGCGUGGAGCAGAUGCUUUAAGCUUGUUUUCUCAAAUGAAAAAUGCCGGUGAAAAGCCAGAUGGAAUCACCUUCUUAGGUGUCUUGUGUGCUUGCUCACAUAUGGGUUUGAUUGAAGAUGGCUUUGCAUAUUUUCAAUCAAUGAUUGAUGAUUAUUCAAUUGUGCCUCAAAUCGAGCACUAUGGUUGCAUGGUUGAUCUGCUUGCGAGAGCUGGGCUUUUAGUUCAGGCUGUGGAUUUUGUUAAAAAGAUGCCUAUGGAAGCAGAUGCUGUCAUUUGGGCUGCCUUGCUUGGGGCGUGUAGGGUUUACAAAAAUGUUGAAUUGGCAGAACUGGCACUUGAAAAACUCAUCAAGUUUGAGCCAAAGAACCCUGCAAACUACGUGAUGCUUUCUAAUAUAUAUGGUGAUCUUGGAAGAUGGAAAGAUGUAGCACGAUUAAAAGUUGCAAUGAGAGAUACUGGCUUCAGAAAAUUACCAGGUUGCAGUUUGAUUGAGGUCAAUGAUGGUGUUUUUGAGUUUUAUUCUCUGGAUGAGAGGCAGCCUGAGAGUGAACUAAUAUAUGGAACCUUGAGGGGUUUGACAAAAUUGUUGAAAUCAUCUGGAUAUGUACCAGACUUUGUGGAGCUUGGGAAGAGUAGCUGAAUAUAGAAGUCAUUAUUAUCAAAGGAUAGUGGAAAUAUGAUGGAGUUUUUCCAAUCAGACCAUAAAAUUGAAUGUGCUAUCACAGCUUACAGGGCAGCUUUAGCAUACCAUGUUGAGUCCACCUGCCCAGUCAGAUUAAAGUUCUGGAUCUGCUCCAUUGUUGGUGCUGCCCACAACGAACCCAAGAAUCAAGGCUCUUGACCUAUUUUGGAUGAUACAAGUUGCAAGUUCUAUAACAGUCUCUUUCUGAAUGCUUUGGGAAGGGUGCAGAAAUGUGUUUCUCUGCCCAUGAACAACAAGAUGAAAGAAGCUAUAUGUCGGUCAUCUAGUGUCCUUGCAUUUCUAGGCUUCCUCCUCCAAAAAAAACAUGCUAGAAGCUCCUUUUGACUCGGGGAAAGUUUGCAGGUUCUUUGGCCUGAAAGUGUGUGGAAGCCGGUGCCUUUUUCGUUGAUUUAAGGGAAGGAAUGCAAUGAAAAGACCAUGUAAAAAAGCCUUACUCUGCCUAAAACCAGAAAGCUACAGAAGAAAGGCACUAGCUCGCAUAUAAGAAAAAUAUAUACAUACAAGAAAAAAUGUUAUUUGAUUUUCUGUAGGUAUUAUUUGAAUUACAAUAAAAAAGACAGGAGGAACGCUUACAAAGAAGACCGUUGGACUGGGAGAAUAACUGUACGGGGAAGAGACUAAAUUUUGAAGCUGUGGAUAUCCUCUGUUAUGUACAAAUAUCUGACCAACUAGGCUUAAUAGAACCUCCGAAAGGAUCUAUCAACUCAAGGCAGCUAAAAGAAAAGGAAACUAGCAACAAUGAACCAAAGAGCACCGACCAAAGAAUAUCGAGAAGCAUCAACCACCAACAUUUUAAGAGGCCAAAAUAGAGCGUUAAAGCUUCAAAUCAAUUGAGGGAGAGCGAUGGCUAAAGCUCUACUGCAAUCAAAGGCCAUGAGGGUCACCAAUUACGAUUAGUCUUGCUAUAAUAUAUCCUGGCCGAACAUAGAUUGAAGUUGAAGUAAAAGGACUUCGGACGACAGAAGAGGCCCAAAAGGCAACCUCAGAGCACCCAAUAAUUAAUACACGAAUAAUCAAAGUGACAUUUGAGCAAAAAUUAUUAGUUUAAAAAACUGUGUCUGUCUGCCUUUGGAGCAUGCCUAAACUUACAAUCAUUAAUCAGCUGUUUGUGGGUUCCACUUUCAACAGCUCUAAACCCCGAAAAAAAGAAAAAAAAAAAACCUAGAUUGCUGCUAAUUUAAUUAACCUUCUUCAACAUCAAAGACAAACUCCCUAAAUUAAUGCUACCUGUUUUGUACGUAUUA